GCGGGCGCCGAGGGCCCGGGGUCCGGGAUGUGUCUGCUGCUGGGGGCGUCGGGCGUCGGGAAGACGCUGUUGGUGAAACGCCUGCAGAAGUUGAGCUCCCGGGACGCGAAGGGCGACGUGGGGGCGCCUCCGCCGACCCAGCCCACGGUGGGCACCAACCUGACGGACAUCAUGGUCCAGCGGAGAAUCACCAUCCGGGAGCUGGGCGGGUGCAUGGGCCCCAUCUGGUCCAGUUACUGCGGAAACUGCCGCUGUCUGCUGUUCAUGGUGGACGCCUCCAGCCCCACCCAGCUCUCCGCGGCCUGCGUGCAGCUCCUGGGCCUCCUCUCUGCAGAACAGCUCGCGGACGCGUCCGUCCUGAUCCUGUUCAAUAAGAUCGACCUGCCCUGUUACAUGACCACGGAGGAGAUGAGGUCACUGAUGAGGCUUCCUGACAUCAUCGCCCACGCCAAGCAGAACAUCUCCACAGCAGAGAUCAGCGCCCGGCAAGGCACUGGCCUGGCACAGGUGCUGCAGUGGCUCCAGGACACCCACGGAGCCAGCAGCUGACGGCAGGGGCACAGGGUAGCCCGGGGGAGGGGUAACUGAGGCAGCAGGCCAGACUGCUGACAUCUGGCCUCAGUGUUACUGAGACCGUGCCUGGGGCUGGGCGAGCUCGGCCUGUCCCAGUGCUACCUGUCCCGUCUGAUGCCCUGGCCGGGCCCCCACACGUGCCACCAGGCGGUGUGAGAAGGCGGCAUUCUGUCAACCCGCUGGUGAGUGGUCCCUCGGUGGGCAGAGAGCAGAGGUGGCCUGUGCUCCCAGCAGCUUCUGGCUGCUCACAUCACCACCCUAACUGAGGACCCAGAGCCUCGGAAACAGGCUGUCCCCAUUCAGGACCGAGUGCGAAGUCCGGGCGUUGGCAAGGUUGGCUGCUCCCGAGGCCCUCGGCGAAGCCGUCCCAGGGCAGGCGGCCCCCUCUGCCGUCCUGGCUUCCAGCACUUCAGUGUCCACUCCUUCCCGAGGUCCAUCAGGAGGACGUCCCUUAGCGAAGCCAGGGAUGGCCACACCUGCAGGCACCCAGCAGUGAGCGAGGAGCUCCCCGGCCCGGGGCCAGUUUCCUGAAGCUGCGCCCUUGGCCCGGUAACUGGGGUGCCCACCCCCCACCACACUCCAGAGCACUCGGCUUCAGCACCCAGCUCUGGCUUGAGCGCCAACAGGCCCAGGAGGCGGCCGUGACCACUCAAGUCACCGAGUGCCUGCACCCACGUGGGAGACCCAGUGUCUGGCUCUUGGCUUUUGCCUGGCCCAGCCCUGGCUGUUAUAAGGAUUUAGAAGAUAAACCAGUGGAUGUGA